UUGCCUAAAAAAUAGAGAAUAGUUAGAAAACAAUCUACAUAUUGUUGGAUAUAGGAGUUUUUAUUUCAGAAUAAAUACUAACAUAUAGAAUAUGUUGCUCUUUCCGGAUCGAUGUCGUAACCAAGCCUAGUUGCAAAGUCUUUACAAUACCACACCAUCAGCUCUUCGUUUGGUAAAAUGUCUCUGAAAUUAUACACAGCAAUGAAAAACCGUAAUUAUUUAGAGAUGUGAUAGUUUUUUGACAUUUUGUAAGUGCUGUGAAAAGUGAGUUUUACCUGAUAGUGUAAAAAUAUAUGUGUUCUUGGUGUUGGCACGCGACGAGGUUCAUUACUGACAGCGAGUACGCCGAGGCAACAUAUCUCAUCCAGUUCGCUACGCUGGUGUCUGAUCCGUCAAGAUCAAACAGCAGCCCUAAUGACUGGAUCAAGUGCAGUAAUAAAAUAUAAAAAACAGACAUGGCAUCGUCGAGUUCUGCGCGACGAGUGUAGCGUCUGUGCGGCUGCGGCAGCGGCGGCGGCUGCCGCGACAUCUUGGAGCACCCGGGAUUUGGAGGCCUAUAAACCAGUUGCCAAUGGUAUCCAUAAUGGAGACGAUAGCACAGUAUAUACAAAGAUAGUUUGUGCGGGCAACGGUAGCGGUGUGACGGAUACGACGCGGCGCGGGCGCUGCAAGUGGUUUAAUGUUGCUAAGGGUUGGGGGUUUAUAACCCCUGACGACGGCGGACAGGAUGUCUUUGUACAUCAGAGCGUCAUCAAAAUGCCAGGCUUCAGAUCACUUGGUGAUGAAGAGGAGGUGGAGUUCGAGUGCAAAGAGUCCGAUAAAGGACUGGAGGCUACUCGAGUCUCUGGACCAUCAUCUGUGGACUGUCAGGGCUCACACAGACGUCCGCUGUCCAAAAAACGCUUCAGGAAGUUGCGUUGCUACAACUGUGGCGAGUUCGCCAAUCACAUUGCAGCGAAAUGCAGUUUGGGGCCACAACCGAAGAGAUGUCAUAACUGCAAGAGCGAGGGACACCUAAUUGCCGACUGUCCUGUCAAGAUUGAGAAGAAAGAUGAAUCAAAGCAAUCGAGCAGUUCCCAAGGCAGCCAAGAGGACAACCAAUAACACGAUACUUAACCGGCUUCAAUAAAGCUAAGAAAUCUUCGUUAUUUACAGUUCAAACGGUUUAUCUUAAUUUCUACGAAGUAUUUGACCAAAGAAGUCGGUUAUAACUUUUCCCACUGAUUCGUUGUAUUGGUACCAUAGACCAUAGACAUAGAGCUGUCAAAUAUGAAUGAGAACAUAAAAUGAUUAAAGUCGAAACGUAAAUUAGGCCCUAUGGCAAAUGUUCUUAAUUAUUAGCGCAAGCACACCAUCUCUUUUUAAUUCAUGAGUAACUAAAGUGACAAAACUUCGACAAAUUUAAUUUAAAAUCAUUCAAUUAUUGUUUAUAUAGAAAAAGCCUUUAGUGUAUCUUACGGAACUCAACUCACCUCAAUUAAUGCAAAUCUAUCGAAAUCUUUUACUUAAGUGGUGAGAAAUUGAUGACUAAUCAUUAUAUUUAUAUCGACUAUUUUAAAAUAUUCAUUAUCGGCCUAUAUUUUGAUAUUAAUAAAUUAAGAAAUAUUACAGUUACAUGGCAAGGUCUAAACAGAUACAUUUAUCUAUCUAUCUCUCUCUUUAUAUAUCUAUCUCACACACGUCUCUAUGUCUAUGGUACGUAGUUAAGAGUACUUUUAAUUGAAAACAACUACCUCAUAACGUUUAAAUAUUAUUUGUAUUUUAGAAGACUGAAUAACAAGAAAGUACAAAAAUAUUUGACGUAGAUUUUACUUAAGUUUGACGUAGUACAAAUUUUAUGUGUUCGAGUGUUUUAUACUCAAUUUUUUUAUACCCAAAGUUGUGUGUCUUUAUAAUGACUAUUUUUAAUAUAAUUAUGUUGUUGUUACGCCCAAUUUUAUGUCAUUUAAGAAUAGAUUUUAGUGGCAGACGCUUUCGCGAUCUUUUCGGUUGAAAUUUUACUACUUUUUCAUAACGGUUUCCAAACUGUCCAGUUACCAAAGGUCUAAUAAAGUAUUAUAUCGCGAAAAAUUUACAUUAAUAAUUUGCAAAAAUUAAUAAAAAUCAUCAUGAUAGAGCAACAUUUCCAUUCAACUUAAACGUAAAUGCGAUUCAUAUGACGUUUGACACGACUGUCAAAUGUCAAGUGUCAAAGAUUGCGAAAGUGUCUUAGUAUAAGUUUAGUUAAGAAAUUGCGCAAUAUGCACUGCCGAAUAGACGCUUGUAUACAAAAAUACUUGCGACAUUUAAUCCUUAUAGGGUUAAUAAAUAUUGUUUAUAUCAAUAUUUUAUUGAAUACAUUAAUUCGUUAUUGAUAAGGGCACUUCAAGGUUUCUCUGCAAAAUGAUUAUACUUAAUAAAAUUCUUACAUUGCCAUAGACAAUUUUUUGAUUACAAUAUUUUGCUCAAUUAACAUAUUAAGUACGGAAAAGUGUAAAAAAUUUGUUACUGCCAUAUAUUGUUAAUGAAGCCUAUCGAUUCAGAUGAUUUAUUUAGUUUUUUUCAUUAAUAUCCAAGCAGGUUCUAGUUAUUUUAGUUAAAGCGAAAUCAUGCCGAUUCUAUAAUGAGAAAUGGUUGGUAAAAUCCUUUUGAGGAUGCCCCAUGUCCUGUGGGGCAUACCCAUACCCAAUCCAACCAACUAUGCCUCAUGGGUAUGCCCCAUAGAUGCAUAGAUGGUAUAUGCCCCAUUGGUAUGCCCCCAUUGAUUGUGGGGCAUCCUACAAAUAAAAUGCUAUAACACCUACAUGACGUUCGACAAAUUUAAAUGUAGGAAUAACGUGAAAUCUAAAUAUGUCUUGCGUCAAAAAAAAAAACAGCUGUCAGCACGCUCUAGUCUAUGACACGUAUUAUUGACAUUUAGAAACAGGACGUAAAAGCAUAAGAGCAAGCAUUUUUUGUCUUUGAAUUUUGUUUUGUCGUUUUGGGAAGUCUUAGAUUAUCUAAGUAAUUCAAAGUCGUACGAGCAGAAUAUUUUAAUAGUUUUUAACGGGUUUUUUAAUUAGUAUUUGUAAAACCUCAUUCAUUGUGUGUAAUUAUCUAUAGAGAUAUGAUGCCACGCUCGCUGCACACGUAUUGCGUUUUCAAAGGAAGUCCUUUAUCGUUAACGAACAGUUUUUGUCUAAUUGAUGAAGCAAUUAACAUAUCCGCGUAUUUAUCAAUUUCUGAUAAGUUUCCCCUUAUUUUAUUUUUAAAUAGGUUAAGCGUUAAAGCAAUAAUAAUAAUUUUAAUUGACCUACAACUUAAGUAGUAUUUCAGAAGUAUUUGUAAGAAUUGGUUUAACUUGAUAAAGUCUUCUCUAGAAAUCCAUGGCCAUCUAGUAUUUGUUUCUUUGAAUUCCCGUGAUUGUAAUUGCAUCUUUACUUCUGUUUUAAAGUGUAUUUUACCAAGUGUACAAACUUUAUGCCAUAAUGUCUGUCAAUUCUGUUUUCAUUCACUGAACUUUGUUCUUCAACGUUCUUGUUCAUUCAAAUUUUGCUCAGACUGAUUGGGUUUUUACCAUUUUAUGUUUAAAUAAUGUUCAAUCUUUCAUAAUAUUAUGAUUAAGGUAUUAUAUAUACGGGUUUUAAGUGUCUAUGUUAGAGUAUAGCUAUUUAUAAGAUUUUGAAGACUAUUUGAAAUCAACUACCUCACAAUUUUAUUAAAAGAGUUUAUUCAUAAGUUAAUUGUAACAUAUACAAAGUCUAGCAUUUUUGACUUGUCUUUGCGGGACGAGUAAAGAUUUUGUAUUAAUCGUAUGAUUAGAGUUUAAAUUUUGUUCUUUUUUAUUUUUCAAAGAAAAAUAAAACAAAAAUGUA